GAACGCGCCGCGUCACAAUGGAGCCGGUCGGAGGCGGCGAGCCCGGCAGCGCUGGGGCUUCCCGCUGAGCCCGCAGCAGCCGUCAGCCGAGAAAGUGCCGGCGCACAGCCGCCGCCGGCGCGCCCCGAGCGGCGCGGGGCGCACGCGGCGGGGAGCGCGGGCGCCCGGGGCCGGGGUCCCGCAGAUUUUAUUUAUUUAUUUAAGAGAGAGAGAGCAAGAGCAGGGAAGAGGGACAGAAGCAGGCUCCCCACUGAGCAAGGAGCCCGAUGUGGGGCUAUAUCCCAGGACCCUAGGGUCAUGACCUGAGCAGAAGGCAGAUGCUUAACUCACUGGGCCACCCAGGAAUUUUUCAAACAGAAACUAAUUGCAGAGUUUCCAGUUGACCAGCAUUCAUCGGAAUGAAGACAAACACAGAGAUGGUGUGUCUAAGAAAUUUCAAAAGGUGUCGGCCUCCUGAUUGAAGCACAGUCAACUUAUUGGAUUCACCUUUUUCAUCCAUUCCUGGACUCCUACAAGGGAAAGUCAUGAUUACACUAACGGAGCUGAAAUGUUUAGCAGACGCCCAGUCAUCCUAUCACAUCCUAAAACCAUGGUGGGACGUCUUCUGGUAUUACAUCACCCUGAUCAUGCUGCUGGUGGCCGUGCUGGCCGGAGCUCUCCAGCUCACACAGAGCAGGGUUCUGUGCUGUCUUCCAUGUAAGGUGGAAUUUGACAAUCACUGUGCCGUGCCUUGGGACCUCCUGAAAGCCAGCGCCAACACGUCCUCCUCUGAUCCCGGGACCCCGCUUCCACUCCCCCUCAGAAUCCAGAAUGACCUCCACCGACAGCAGUACUCCUACAUCGAUGCCGUCUGUUACGAGAAGCAGCUCCACUGGUUCGCCAAGUUCUUCCCCUACCUGGUGCUCCUGCACACACUCAUCUUUGCAGCCUGCAGCAACUUCUGGCUUCACUACCCCAGUACCAGUUCCAGACUCGAGCAUUUCGUGGCCAUCCUCCACAAGUGCUUCGAUUCUCCGUGGACCACCCGUGCCCUGUCCGAAACGGUGGCCGAGCAGUCCGUGAGGCCCCUGACCCUCUCCAAGUCCAAGGUCCUGCUUUCGUCCUCAGGGUGUUCGGCCGACGUUGAUUCCAGCAAGCAGUCAUUGCCCUACCCACAGCCUGGCUUGGAGUCAGCUGGCAUCGAAAGCCCCACUUCCAGCGUCCUGGAUAAGAAGGAAGGCGAACAGGCCAAAGCCAUCUUUGAAAAAGUGAAAAGGUUCCGCAUGCACGUGGAGCAGAAGGACAUCAUUUACAGAGUGUAUCUGAAGCAGAUCAUCGUGAAGGUCAUUCUGUUUGUCCUCAUCAUAACCUACGUUCCGUAUUUUCUAACCUACAUCACACUUGAAAUUGACUGUUCGGUCGAUGUACAAGCUUUCACAGGCUACAAGCGCUACCAGUGUGUCUACUCCUUGGCAGAAAUAUUUAAGGUCUUGGCUUCAUUUUAUGUGAUUUUAGUUAUACUUUAUGGUCUCACCUCCUCCUACAGCUUAUGGUGGAUGCUGAGGAGUUCCCUGAAGCAAUAUUCCUUCGAGGCGUUGAGAGAAAAGAGCAACUACAGCGAUAUCCCUGAUGUCAAGAAUGACUUCGCCUUCAUCCUCCAUCUGGCCGAUCAAUAUGAUCCCCUCUAUUCCAAACGCUUCUCCAUAUUCCUGUCGGAGGUCAGUGAAAACAAACUGAAACAGAUCAACCUCAAUAACGAAUGGACGGUUGAGAAACUAAAGAGUAAGCUUGUGAAAAACUCCCAGGACAAGGUAGAACUGCAUCUUUUUAUGCUAAAUGGUCUUCCAGACAAUGUGUUUGAGUUGACAGAAAUCGAAGUGCUCAGCCUGGAGCUCAUCCCUGAAGUCAAGCUGCCCUCCGCCAUCUCCCAGCUGGUCAACCUCAAGGAGCUUCAUGUGUACCAUUCGUCCCUCCUGGUGGACCACCCAGCGUUGGGCUUCUUGGAGGAGAACUUAAAAAUCCUCCGCCUGAAAUUUACCGAAAUGGGGAAGAUCCCACGCUGGGUAUUUCACCUGAAGAAUCUCAAGGAACUUUAUCUGUCGGGCUGUGUUCUCCCUGAGCAGUUGAGUACCAUGCAGCUAGAAGGCUUUCAAGACUUAAAAAACCUGAGGACCCUCUACUUGAAGAGCAGCCUGUCCCGGAUCCCACAAGUCAUUACAGACCUCCUGCCUUCACUGCAGAAGUUGUCCCUCGAUAAUGAGGGAAGCAAACUGGUGGUGUUGAACAACUUGAAAAAGAUGGUCAAUCUGAAAAGCCUGGAGCUUAUCAGCUGUGACCUGGAACGCAUCCCACACUCCAUUUUCAGCCUGAACAACCUGCAUGAAUUAGAUCUAAAAGAAAAUAACCUUAAAACGGUGGAAGAGAUCAUUAGCUUUCAGCAUCUCCAGAAUCUUUCCUGCCUAAAGUUGUGGCACAAUAACAUUGCUUAUAUCCCUGCCCAGAUCGGGGCGCUAUCUAAUCUAGAGCAGCUCUCUUUGAACCACAAUAAUAUCGAGAAUCUGCCCCUGCAGCUUUUCCUAUGCACCAAACUACAUUAUUUAGAUCUAAGCUAUAACCACCUGACCUUCAUUCCAGAAGAAAUCCAGUAUCUGAGUAAUUUGCAGUACUUUGCCGUGACCAACAACAAUAUUGAGACGCUACCAGAUGGGCUGUUUCAGUGCAAAAAGCUGCAGUGUUUACUUUUGGGGAAAAAUAGCCUGAUGAGUUUGUCCCCUCACGUGGGUGAGCUGUCGAACCUGACUCAUCUGGAGCUCAUUGGUAAUUACCUGGAAACACUUCCUCCUGAACUGGAAGGAUGUCAGUCCCUAAAACGGAGCUGUCUGAUUGUAGAGGAGAAUUUGCUCAACACGCUUCCUCUCCCUGUAACAGAACGUUUGCAGACAUGCUUAGAUAAAUGCUGACCUAAGGAGAAAAUAAUGUUUAAAAGUUUGCCCCAGGGCUUUAAAUGAGAACUAAGAUUUUCUAAGUUAUAAAGAUGAAAAAUGGGUAAUAAUUAUGACUAACUAUAACCAAAUAUCUUUAAAGCAACUCAGUGUCUAACUCUAAAUUAAACAGGUAAAAAGUGUUAACACUGAACUUAAGUCUUGUGAAUAACUGAUCUUUAACUUAAUAAGACGUGAGAAGUACACUUCGAGGGUGACAUGGGGGACAUGAAAUUGUUGAAUCUCUACGUUACAGUUUUUACCUUGAAGAUUAGAUACUCUUUCAUCUCCUUCCCCUAGUCCUCAUUACUUACUUAUUUGCACACUUGUUUUAACGGACUUCCUGCUUUGAUAUUUAUCACCUAGACCAUAAAUUCAUCAAUAUAGAUGUCCUUGGUGUAUAUUCUACACUGUCUUUAUGUUCUGAAAUAUUUUUAGGCAGGGUGUACAUUGUGCUUGGCCGAAUUCCUUGUUGGCUUGAUUUUACUUUCUGUCCAAGCUUGCUGGAGUCUUCCUUCAUCUUGUUUUAUCUUAACAAUGGUGAAUCCUAAAAAAGAAAGCCCCCAAACAAGGGUGAGCCCUGAGAAAGCGCCUGUCUUUGGCAUGAGCAUAAAAAAGGACAGGGUACUAAGGACCCGUCAGCCUCGGGGCAUCCUGAAAAUUACUCUAUUAACUAAAAUGUCUUCUUUUGUAUCAUCAAAGCCUUUCUUAUUUGCUAGUCAUUUUUAUAGUAAAUGUAAAACCUGUGACUGUUUUCUAUGGUAUAAUCUUGGAUUCAAAGUCUGUGAGAAUCAUUUUUGUAAGGUACAGAGAACACAUGCAAUUUAAGAAUUUACUAUUAAUAUACUUGGUUUGGGCUGCUUACAAGUCUCCUGUUUGUGUGCACCCUGCUCCAGAAUGUUUUUGUACUCUGCAACUAAUUACUUUUGGAUAACACAGGCCUUGUGUUCAUGCCCUAAAAUAUUUGGGGGCUUUCCUCAUAAGAGGAUGGCCGCAGCAUCUACCUCUCUCUUCCCUAGUCUCUGUGCUGUUGCACGGGUACAAUUCUUAAUUAGUUCAAAAACUGUGACGGAGGGGAGAGGUACAGAAUCGAAUCUUUAAAACUGAUUUCAUAACACCCAGACAAAUUAAGACUUCAAGCAAAAUACUUCAUCUACAUGAUCUCUAGAUGUGUUUAUCAUGUAAAACACUCCGCCUCUAUUCAGUAUUUAAGAAUUCUCAAAGCUCACAAAGCAGUAGAUCCAUUUAACUGAAAUUCAUCCCGUGCUUUUGUCUAACUUUCCUGGAAUGCAUUUUGCUCUUCCUUUUUUUUUUUUUUUUUUUUUUUAAAUAAAUAGCUUUGUGUGUAGUCUUUUAUUAUCAUGCAUAUUGUAAAAUGAAUAAAGUCAACUGACUCAUUUUUGGGAAAUGUACAUUUUUACCAUGUUUUUCUCUAAUGGGUCUGGGCAUUAUGAUGCCCGACUCAUUUUGGAUGUUAACUCUGAAGUAACCCGUUAACUGCACCUAGACAAAAGUGGAAAACACUAUGGGUAAAGUACUGUAAACACAGAAUUGUGAUGUGUGGGAUGUCGUUUCUUGCUUUGCCCCUUCCAGAAAGAUAAAAGCGAGUCUUUAAAUCACAGCAAAAUGUCACUCCCUUCACCUGCCACACACCCCUGAACUCAAGCUCAGAAAGGAAUUGCUUAUGUCAAAUGUAAUUUGAAUAAAAUGAGCUAUAAAACUCUAA